AGAGCGCAAGAGACCCUUUUCUGCGAGGGGAACGGCACGAAGUAGAAAUGACCGGGCAUAAACAUGGCGUCUGCCUUGGACGACGAUGAGAUCUGCAAUGAUGAUUACUAUUCCCUUUUAAAUGUUCGCAGAGAGGCCACCCAGGAGGAGUUAAAAGCAGCUUACCGGCGCCUGUGCAUGCUAUAUCAUCCUGACAAACACCGUGAUCCUGAGCUAAAGCGACAGGCUGAGGCUCUUUUUAACCUUGUACACGAAGCUUAUGAAGUGCUUAGUGAACCACAGGCACGAGCUAUCUACGAUAUCUAUGGCAAGCGAGGGCUUGAUGUGGACGGAUGGGAGGUGGUGGAGAGGAAAAGAAGUCCUGCUGAGAUUCGGGAGGAGUAUGAACGCCUUCAGAGGGAGCGAGAAGAUAGAAGGCUUCAGCAACGGACCAAUCCAAAGGGAACGAUAAGUGUGGGCAUUGAUGCCACAGACCUCUUUGACCGGUAUGAAGAGGACUACGAGGAUAUGGUGGGAGGCAUGCCACACAUAGAAAUCAACAGGAUGCAUAUAUCACAAUCUAUAGAGGCUCCUCUCACUACAAAAGACACAGCGGUUUUGUCUGGCUCCCUGUCUACCCACAACGGGACUGGAGGUGGCACUAUUAACUUGGCUUUGAGAAGAGUCACCUCAACUAAAGGGUGGGGUGAGGUAGAGUUGGGCGCCGGAGACACUCAUGGACCUCUCCUUGGAAUGAAGAUAUUUCGAAACUUAACGUCUCGAUGCUUUGCAACGGCUCAGUGUGGGCUCCAGUUUUCUUCGCGGGGAGUUCGUCCUGGGGUGACAACGGUGCUGGCUCGCCACCUCGACAAGAACACGAUGGGCUAUCUGCAGUGGCGCUGGGGAAUCCAGUCCUCCAUGAACACCAGCGUAGUGAGGGACACAAAGAGCAGCCAUUUUACCAUCGCAGUCCAGCUUGGCAUUCCUCACACCUUUAUGAUGAUGAGCUACCAGUACAAGUUUCAGGAUGAAGACCAGACGAAGAUUAAAGGCUCAGUAAAAUCGGGUUUCUUUGGGACGGUGGUGGAGUACGGCGCUGAGAGGAAGAUCAGUCGGCACAGUGUGGUGGGGGCCACCGUCAGCGUGGGAGUCCCACAGGGCGUCUCCCUCAAGAUCAAGCUGAACAGAGCCAGCCAGACGUAUUUCUUCCCUAUUCACCUCACUGACCAACUCCUGCCAAGUGCAGUGUUCUACGCCACGGUUGGACCUCUGGUUUUCUACCUCGCCAUCCAGCAGCUCGUCAUUCGGCCCUAUGUGAGGGCCCAAAAGGAACAAGAGUUGGAGAAGCAGAGGGAGAGCUCAGCCUCUAAUAUAGCAAAAAAGAAACAGGAAGCGGAGGCUGCUGUUUUGCUCAUGCAGGAGUCUGUCCGAAGGAUUAUUGAAGCAGAAGAAUCUCGAAUGGGUCUCAUCAUCCUCAACGCUUGGUACGGCAAAUUUGUGACGGACAAUAGCAGAAAGCACGAGAGGGCAAAGGUCAUCGAUGUGACCGUGCCACUUCAGUGUCUGGUGAAAGACUCCAAACUCAUUCUCACUGAGGCCUCAAAGUCAGGACUCCCUGGCUUCUAUGACCCCUGUGUGGGGGAAGAGAAGAGCCUGAAGGUACUGUAUCAGUUCCGUGGAGUAAUGCAUCAAGUCCUGUCAGGAGACACAGAACCACUCAGGAUACCAAAGCAAUCUCACAGGAUUGAUUCAGACACAUAGCUUGUUCUGACCAAAAAAAGACUUACCUCUAGACUGUUGGACAGAAGAUGAAGAGACCUAUGUUUUAGAUGCAACUUGGAAAUCAGUCUUUGUUACCCAGAGAUCAUGAAUUUAACUGUUUGCCCUGAUGUUCAUUUAAAUAUUGAGAGUGGAAUAAGAUAACUGACUGGAUUUAUCAGAACCAGUAUCCAUGGAUGAGGUUUUGGGCUGUGAAAUGUGACAAAAAUGCUCUCAUCAUAAAUCAGAGUUCUGCCCUCGUUGGGAUCAGUUUGGUUUUGGGAAUGGCUUGCAAAUUUUGACAGAGUUCUAUGUACUUGAACAAAAACUGCAGUGCCUACUGGAUCAAAGACAUGAAAGGAUCUCUGUUUAUUUGCCAUAUUAUUAAAAUCAUUCUCUCUCAUUUUG